CUACAUUCUAGCCUCCGCUCCAGAUGCUGUCGCAGCAGCCGAGAGGCUGAGAGAGAGAGAGAGAGAGAGAGAGAGAGAGAGAGAGAGAGAGAGAGGCUGAGAGAGAGGACCCGCCUGAGUGGCUUGGUGCUGGAUUUCUGCAAGGUGUGUGCUCUGCAGUAGACGGCAGCCAGGAAAAAUAGGGGCCCCACCGAGGCAAAGCCUGUCCGUCCUGAGGAACCUGCGCCAAGUCCAUGACAUUGAGGAACACAAAUGAUGGACAAGAAAAGCGCAAAUGGCUAUCCUUCCAAAACCCCUGAGGGAGGCAGUCAGAGGAAGCAGAUCCCUUACUCGGUGGAGACGCCCUACGGCUUCCACCUGGACCUGGACUUCCUCAAGUAUGUGGACGACAUCGAGAAGGGCAACACCAUCAAGAGGGUGCACAUACAAAGAAAAAACAGAGGUCCCAAGUACAGCACACUGCCACGCAACUUCAGCCUUCCUGGCCAUGGGGCCCGACCUCCUCCGAAGGAGGUGUGGUCGUCUGGCACCUCCACCCUCGGGCCCAAGCCCAAGUCGCGCGUCACCGAAGUCCAGCAGAUCUUCGAUUUCAAACCCAGCGACGGCGGGUCCUCUAAUCUCUCCAGGGUCUCUCAAGGGAGUAGUAGCUACAGCCCGCCGCCGAGGCCUGCGGAGGAGGUCAAAACUCGGAUGUACGAGGACCAGUCGCCCCCGAGUCUGCUGGUGAGGCCUAACCUGCUCCGAGCCUCCAGCAUGCCUGUUAACGUGCCCCGACGGAAGGGCUCGGACUCCUCCGAGGAGCGCAGCCCCGUGUCACUGGGGAGUGAGUCGCAGAAAGAGAACGGCGGCUCCUACGAGAGACUCUUCAAGGCGGCUGACGGCGGAGACAGACGAGGGAGCAUACCUCAAGAUCGGGCCAGCCUGCACCUGCAGAUCACCAACGCCUUGAAAAGGGUGCGGGAGCUGGAGGAGCAGGUCAGGACCAUACCGGAGCUGAAGUCCAGGAUCUGCUCCCUGCAGGAGGAGAAAGAGCAGCUCUUAAAGACAGUAGAGGAGCAAGAAAAAAAGCAGCAGAAACAGCAACAGCAGCAACCUCUAUCUGUCAGUCAGGCUGCGGAGGAGGAGGAGGAGGAAGAGGAAGAUGAGGAGGAGGAGGAAGAAGGGGAGGAGAAGGAGGGAAGAAUGGCAGCUGAAAGUCCAAAGCGAGAAACAGAAGAUCGUGAUCUGCCAACCACUAUGAUAUUCGUUGAGCCCCCCACCCCAGAGGACGAGACCAAAGCCAAAAUAGAGGAAUCAGAACCCACCCAAGAGGAGACAGCGAGUAUUGUCGGGAAGCAGACGUCAACGGAAGCAUCAGAGGUACAAGGGAGCUCGUCAGAGAAAGAGGCAGAAGCAAAGUCAGCGGCCCUGUCCGAGACAGAAUCACAGAGACAAACAUCAAACAGCACCACAGAGCAGGAAGCAGAAACCCCAACGACCUCAGUGCAGGAAUGUGAAGAGCCCAUCAAGCCAUCCAGACGUAGUCUGGAGCAACACGAAAGCAGGACAGAACACCCAACAAAUCACUUUGAAGAGAAGCAGAUAGAGCUCGCAGAGGCCGUUGCAGAGCAGGCAACCGUGCCAAGAGUCCCAUUAGAGUGCCCUGUAUCUGUUGUGAUAACAGAGGCAGAGGAGGUGAAGGAAGAGACAGAUGAGGAGGAGGAGGAGGAGGAGGAAAAGGAGGAAGAGGAAGAGGAGUGUGGGGAAGCAGACAUUAGUGACAAGGAGGAGACUGCUGAACAAGUAAAGCGUCCCUCUGAAAAAGACAGCCAAACUCUGCUCAUUCAGACACUGCAGGCCAAGCUUCGGGACUUGGAGGAGCAGCUGAACCUUUCCAACCAAGAGCUGGAUGACACCCAGACCUUACUGAGGGAGCAGGUGGAAGAGAACCGGCUGAAAGAAAAAAGAAUACAGGAGCUAGCUGACAGGGCAGAGGAGCUAGCCGAAAGGGCUAAAAACGACAUGGUCGACGUGGCUGUCUCGGCUGAGAGUCCGCCUCAACCUGAGCCAGUUCUGACCACUGACGCGUCAGUGUCUACUGUUCACGUAAGUGUGUCCGAAAAGGCCAUUUGCACAGACGAAGAAGAAGUGCAACCUCACAACGGCCCUAAAGAGACAGACAUGGCCUGCUCCAGCACUCAGACACCAUCUGUCGAGGCCAAAGAUAUGGAGGUGCUGGCCAAGGCGACAACCUCAGAAAAAGAGGUUGGGGUUGAGGUUGCUACCUGUGACCAAGCAGUGGAGACAGAGGCCCAAGUGGACAUCGUCUCCAGUGUGAAGGAGGAGAGGAACGAGAGAUCAGAGGAAGUGUCAGAGCAGGAGAAGGUGGCCCCUGAAGGGGUGGCUUCUCACACAGACAGCAAAGCUAGUGAGAAUGUGGUAAGUCAUGUGAAAGUGGAUGAGAGUGAGAAGGAGAACGUUAAAGAGAGUGUAGAGGAGGACGUAGAGGCAGGAAGCAAAGCUGAGGAGAAGAAAGUGCUUACGGAGGACGGUGGGGUGAAAGAGAGAGUUGUUCCAGUUCCAGAGAGUGCGGUCACAGAACCGACCCCUGCUGACAGUGCAGCUGUCGAGAAAACAAAAAGCGAGGAGGCUGCCAAGGAGCCUACUGUCGCCAAGGAAGCAGUAGCAGUGGGGUCCCCGAGCUCAUCAGAGCCAUCCCCAAAACCACAGAAGGAGGGGCAGCCAGGGCCAGCGCAGGAAGCCCAGUCACAGUCUCGGCGCUCCAGCAGUGAGGGCUCGGGCGGCUCGGCCUCGCCAGCGGCCAUCGGACACGUCGUCACCCGUAUCCAGGGCCUCCUGAACGAGCAGUGGAGCAGCCUGGGCAGCAGUGGCAGCCCGGCCACCACCGCCACCGCCGCCGCCGCCACGGGGCCGGAGUCGGGCCAGGUCCGGGUUGCCCAGGCCCGGGUGGCAGCGCCCCCGAGCAGCGGUGCCCCCCCCAAGCAGCAGCCGUCCAAGUUCAGCUCCAUCCAGAGCCAGCUGGUGAGCUCGCUCAGCGUCCUGUCCUCCUUCUACUCGCCAGGCCAGAAGGAGAAGGCGGCGGCAGCGGCAGCCUCGCGGCAGUCAGGUCUGAAAUCUAUUAUGAAGAAAGAUGGCUCCCCUCAGAAGCCAGGAAACGGAGCGACAAAGAAGAACCUGAAGUUUGUGGGCGUCAACGGGGGCUAUGAGAGUACCUCCAGCGAGGAGUCCAGCGGGGAGGAGCAGGAGCACCGACAGGAGGAGGAGGAGGAGGAGGAGGAGUUCUCAGAGCUGGAGGAACUGAAAGAGGAGGAGGUGGAGGAGGAGGAGGUGAAAGGCCCUGCGCCCGGCGCUGUGGGCCAGGACGAUGCUGUCUCAGCGGGGGCUGAGGAGGAGGAAAAGGAGAAGGCCGGGGGGCCACGAGGGCCCAUGGAGUCUGAAGGAGCUGAGGCCCUCCUGAGCUCUCCCAAGCAGCCGGUCAGUGAAGUUGUAGAUAAAGACUUCAUGGCAGCGUGCUACUACCUAAAGGAUCACAGGAAUGAAGUUGACAACCCAAACAAGGAGAUGAGGCAGGUGUUGAUGGUGCUCUAUCAGGAGUGGUUUCGCGUCUCCAGCCAAAAGGACUCGCAGGCCGAAACUGUGACCCUCUACCUGAGGGAGGUGGGCAACGCCACGCCCACUCUCCUCAGCUACAUCAUCAACCUGGCGGACGGCAACGGCAACACGGCACUGCAUUACAGCGUGUCCCACUCCAACUUCCCCGUGGUCAGACUGCUCCUGGACACAGAGCUGUGUGAGGUGGACCACCAGAACAAGGCGGGCUACACAGCCAUCAUGCUGGCAUCGCUCACAGCAGCCGAGAGCCCAGAGGACGUGGAGGUGGCCCAGCAGCUCCUGCAGAAGGGCAACAUUGACGCACGUGCCAGCCAGACAGGGCAGACGGCUCUGAUGCUGGCGGUCAGUCAUGGCCGCACGGCGAUGGUGCGCGUGCUUCUGAACUGCGGGGCCAACGCGAACGUGCAAGACUACGACGGCUCGACCGCACUCAUGUGUGCCUGUGAGCAUGGUCACGCCGAGAUUGCACGGGUGCUGCUCCAGAACUCCAACUGUGACACCUGCCUCAAAGACAAGGAUGGCCACACAGCGAUGUCGGUGGCCACUCAGGCUUCCCACACGGAACUGGUUGACAUUCUGAAGGCCCACGCCCCCACAGGUGACCAGUGCUCCCCGGCUGCUGCUCCCCUCUGAGUCCUGGGUAACCUGCCUGCCCAACAUUCCUCCUUUCCAGAGAAACAGCAACAGGACACAAAGGCUGCUUUCACCAACCAGCAUCUGCCUCUCUCUGUCUCUCUCUGUCUCUGUCUGCCUUCCUUCCUUCCAUCCAUCCAGCUGGCCCUCCUCUGUCUGCUGACCACCAGAGGACGCGACUCACAACCCUACUGUCAUCCGAGAGCCUUGGCCAACGUUAUUUUUGGGACUAAUUAUUAGGAUCUGGCAGGUUGCCGAAAAUAAUUCUGUGUGGCAGUCAGACUGGGAUGGGGUGAUAUGGGCGCAGGGGUCCUGCUUCGAGGAAAUUCCAAGGUCGUCUUUUAUGCUGCAAAACAAAAACCCCAGAGGUGGCAGGGGUGCCCCCUGAAGCACAUAACAGCUUCAAGCUCUUAUCCGUGGGACCUGGAAGCGUCCAUUGAUUUAUGUUCUCGGUCUCAACUGUUCUUUUCUACCAUUUUCCAAUUGUUAUAUUUGCUUUGUCGGAACAGCCAUGACCAAGGCUGUAUUUUUUUUUAAUGAUUGAUCCACGUUAUUUAUUUUGUAUUGCACUUUGUUUGUAUUCUGUGCCCAGUCCUGAUCACAACCUGAUAUAACGACUCGUGAGUCUUCCAAUAUGAAGGUUUUAGCAGUUGGGUGCAGCCAGCUUUAUUAUCAACAAACAAACACAUAGUCGUGUGAGUGGAGAGCUGGACAGGCAAGAGAAGUGCUAAAGCCAAUAUAAGCUCCUCGUGAAGCUCUGUGAUUCCUUCAACGUCUAUAGGGUGCUCUCUCAAGAGACAGCAGCAAACGCCUCACUCAAAAGAGUGUAGAAAAGUAUUUGUAUAUGAGCCCUUUUUCUAUAUAAAUUGCAGGUAUAAAUCCAGUCUUGACAGUUCUUUAAUAAUGUUGAAGUAGUCUUUUUGACCAUCGCCCACUACAAACGGGCAACAUGCUGAGAGUGAACUGUAACACACAGGAAGGAGGAGAAGGAGCCACGAUAAAGCAAAUAAAAAAAUGAAAUGGCAAUGCAGCUCGCCAGUCUGGUUAAAAAAAAAAGAUCUAGUCAAUGAAUUUACCGUGCACAUAAAAAUGGUUUCCCCCUUGGUUAACUGUGAAUCUAAAGGCACAGAAAGAUUUCAUUGGCAUCUGAUUUUAUGUGAUUGGCAUUGAGAGGCCAAACUGCUCAGCUGCAUUACUUGUUUGGUGAUCUGGAACAUAAACUCGGUUAGCAACUGGUCGUUCACAUUUUGAAGAGGAAUCCAUGUGGAUGUUAUCUUAAUUCCCAUAAUAUCAUGAAAAGCAUCUGUGAAUGUAAGUUGUGACUCACAACUCUUUGUGGGUGGGGAUGUAAAGCCAACCAAUUUAUUUGGCCUUUGAAAAAAAGCCAACCUAGACAGAACUUUUAAUAUGCCAUAACUCUGAGUGUCCUUUCUAUGCUCUUUGUAUGUAUGUGUCUGUAAAGAAAAUUAUGAAUCCAAGGCAAAUAACUUCAGUUGUACUAUAUCAAGUACAGGGUUUUUCUAUACUGUCAGUGUACAAGAACAGCUAGCAUAUGAUGUAACAUGAGCAUAUUUUGCUCAGAUUAAUAUACAUAAAGUCAAUCACAUUUCUUAGUUAUUUAUCUUUUCACACUAAGCAUACCCUUAUUUUUUCACUUGCUUUCUAAAUUUGACCCAUGUCUUUCUGUGUCAUUGGCUGUCAUUGUCUUAUCGUUAUCAACAUCAUAAUUAUUGUCAUAUGUAGCCUGUACACCAUUAUUCAAUUUAAUGUCACUGCGGGCCAGUUUUUCAAAUUCCUCCCAUCAAAGGGGCCGUACACGACAUAUGUAUGUAGGCCUAUUAUGGUUGUCAACAGUCAAUGUCAAUUCAAAAGUCAAUUAGUUGAGAUGGGGGGUUUGGGGGUCCUAGAAAAUGUUGCAUUUCUUAGAUGUAAUUUCCUGCAUUUCCUGGCCCGUUUCGGCUCAAUACGGAACUCAUACAUUUAUCUCUAAAAGGUUCCAUUUUGUUCUGACCUUGUGGGGGGCCAGAGCCUUGCUGCCCAAGGGCCGCAUCUGGCCCCAGGGCCGCCAUUUGAAUAGCCCUGCCGUGGAUCCUCUGUGUUUUGUCACACUGCCAUUUGGGUUGUUUAUAUUGUCUCUCCCUAAUGCACAUUGCCACAGCACCCCAUACCAUUUGUCUGGGUGGCCACUGUCAGCACAUUUCGCUGUGUUGAUUUGACACCUGGAAGACUCAACUCCAAAGUGUUGAAUUGGCACUGCAAAAUGGAUUGUGCACUGGCAAAAUCUUCACUCAUGAAUGACUCCACAAAACCAAUUUUCUAGCACAAGUUGCACAAGUGUAGAAUGGGUUGCAUAGGCGGCCAAGUGUUAAGACGAUGGGGAUAAAAGAGUAUAUCUGAACAAUAAUUAAUUCUACAGAAAAUAUCUAUUAAAAGACGCAUAAGGCGGUUUCCUCCUCCAAAGCGAGACAUGACAAGGAAAAGUGAAAGAGCACAUAAUCCAUUAUGCCUGACGUCAUGCUCAUACUUAACGUUUGUAUUCCCAUGUUGAAUGUCUUUGUGGCCAAAAAAAAAGUUUAUCAUAUUUUUUUAAAUACCAGCAACUGUUAAUGUCUGGCUUUGGAUGAAGAAACACGUACUGCUGACAAAUCAUUAUCUCUAUCAAAAAGUAUUUAUUUCAAAGUCUAUAUUUUAUAAAUAUAUCUAUAUAUGCAUGGGUCAAGUGUUGGAAUUAAACAUGUAUGAAGUUUCGGUCUGAUUCUACCCUCUAAAAAUCACGUCUAUGUAAAAAAAACAGAUGUUCUCAAGAAGGGAAGAGUUAAAUCAUUGCUUGUUUUUUUUACUCAAGUUUUAUUUUUAUUUUGAUUCUCUCCCUCAUUUAAGACAGAUCAGUUGCAAAGUCAGUUUCACAACAAUGGUUCAGUAACUAACCUAAAAUAUGAGAAAGUGCAUCUUUGCUCAAGUCUUCUUGGUCAUGAUAAAGUUGUUCAUUACAGCGCUGAAGCAUUUCAACUGGAUGUCAACUUUGUACAAAUCAGUUAGCCAUGAAUAUUAUGCCUAAUAUAUUAUGGACCUGUUGUAUCCUAACCAUUUACUUAAUAGAAAUUCUAAAUAAACAGGAAAUCUUGUUUGA